AUGGCGAAACCCGUGACGAAGGCCGCGCCCUCCGUGGCGGCCGAGGCCAAGGGUGACGACCCCGCCUUCGCGACGAUCUCGGGCUCGGUCAUGGACCAGAGCAAGGUCAUCUUUGGCGUGCCGGUCUCGUCGCCGCCGGGCUACGACAUUGAGGACGACAGCUCGACGCUCGCGCCGGUGCUCAAGUAUGGCCUCUUGGCCGCGAUCUGCCUCAUGUCCUUCUCGAUCCGCCUCUUCUCCGUCGUGCGCUACGAAAGCGUGAUCCACGAGUUUGACCCGUACUUCAACUUUCGCACGACCAAGUACUUGGCGUCCGAGGGCUUCCUCGAGUUCCUCGACUGGUUUGACGACCGCGCGUGGUACCCGCUAGGGCGCAUCAUUGGUGGCACGAUCUACCCGGGUCUGAUGUACACGGCGGCGCUCGUCUACUGGGUGCUCAACUGGCUCAACAUCUCGAUCAACGUGCGCAACACGUGCGUCUUCUUGGCGCCAAUGUUUGCCGCCAACACUGCGAUCGCCUCGUACAUGCUGACGAAAGAAGUGACGAAGCGCACGAGCGCGGGCCUGCUCGCGGCCGCGUUUGCUGGCGUCGUGCCCUCGUACAUCUCGCGCUCGGUCGGCGGCUCGUACGACAAUGAAGGCGUCGCGAUCUUUGCGCUCAUCUUUGUCUUCUACCUCUGGAUCAAGGCCGUGAACACGGGCUCGAUGUUCUGGGCCGCGGCCUGCUCGCUCGCGUACUUUUACAUGGUCGCUGCGUGGGCGGCUACGUCUUCAUCAUCAACAUGA